AUGGCUUCUCCUUUAACGGAAGCCGCUGCCGACGUCGAAAAUGCCGGUGCAGGCCAGCAGCGCCUGGAGGAUUUCAGCCCCCGGAAUUUCGUAAUGUAUCUGCUGCACAAUGCCCACCACGAGCUCCGCGAGGGCGACACUCUCGUCUUCAUCGACAUGCCCCCCUCUUCUGGCCAGAAGCCCACCGACUGCUUCGGCAUCCCGUGGGCUUCCACGACCGUCCGGGUCUCAUCCCAGAACCUGCGCGCCACGGGGUCCUCCCGGUUCGAGCAGAACCUGAAAGAGUUCGGACUCAGGGCCAGCAAGAAGGCCCAAAGCCGCGGCCUCAAGCCGGACGAUCUCCAAGGCGUCAGGUGGUCCCUCGACCUCACCCCGGACCACGAAGGCGAGGACAUGGUGUUCCAGAUGGCCGCCAUGUCGCUGACCCCCGGCGUCACCCACUGGUGGACGGCCGUCGCCAAGUACGGCGUAUCCCCCAGCGCCGCCUCCGGUCACGACGACGUCUGCACCUGUUGGCAGUCCGAGAAUCCUCCCCCCGGUUCCGCCCAAGGCGACGAAAUAGGCCGGUUAGGCCGUCUUCGGGAUGGUCCAGGAUUAGAACAGUAUCCUCCCUACCGCAUGAUUCCAGACUAUUGCCCCAUUCGACACCGGGUGGCCAUACUUAGGCUGCUGUACCUCAUCGAAGGCAAGCACAUACCCAUCGACUCGGCUCCUCAGAUAUGGACCUUGGUGGCCAUUGCAGAAAUAUUCGACUGUCUUGGCAUAGUGCGUGCUUUUGUUCUCAACUGGCUUCUUCUCUCCGAAGGAAAUUCUGCUUUUAUCGAAGUCCUGCCGGAAGAAAGCCUGCGGCUCGGGGCGACUUUCAAAUUUAUCGACAUGACCAGAGCUGCAUUCCGCAUACUGGUCAACGAGUUUGCAUUGGAAGAAACCGGCGCGAAUGGCGGCAACCCUGCAUCGUCCAAAGUGACACUGUUCGGUCGGAGGCGUCAGAACCUGGAAGACGACUGGAAGAACGCCAUACAGCACGCCGCGCGGGCCAUGGUGGACCGCAUACACUCCCUGGUCGACCUCCUACAGAGCGACCUCCUUUUCGACGAGCUAGACAUGGAUCAGUGGCAACGUCUGAGGGCACUUGAGGCCCUGCUAGAGCCGCACCGGGAAGAUGAUCUUUACCGGGACGCAGUACAACUGGCCAAGUCUCUAUCGACAACACUCGUGGACCACUUCCGAGAGGAAAUCGUGAACGAGUGCUCGGACGGUGCUUUGUCCCAAUACAACACACCCCUCCGCAGGUAUGACGAUGACCGAGCGCUGUACGUAGACCCUCAGGACUUCGUGUCUACCGCAGAUGUUUACCAAAGCUUCAAUCCGGUCCAGAAGGCUCUCUGCCGGGUGUUUUACGACGAAUUCAGGACGAAGUGGCAGGUCCGUCGCUACCAGAUGGCGGGCCUCUUCUCGGAGUCCGCUUCUUCUAUCAACCAUUUCGCGAAGAAAGCUCGUGACUUACACGCGGCUCUGCUGGAACUGGUGGCCGCCCGGCCCGAAUUGCUCCACGACGAUUCCGAGUGGCGAGAAGUCCUCGAGUCCGACAAGUGCGGGAAUGUGACCCCCCCUUUCUUUCGACUGGAUCAAUUCGAGAAACAGGUCACCGAAGCCCUGCAGCCCCUGAUCUUCAGCGCCGCGGCGGCGCAAGCCGACAUCUCGCCUCCCAUCAAGCUCACGCGACACCUGCUCCUCGUCCUCACGGACGACGAGUUCAAGUACCUGCCCCUCUGGGCCGGCGGGAACGACGACGGCACGGGUGCUGUGUUCGAGAACGCCUUGCCCCCGGCCGACUUUGGGCCCGUCGGGCCCGGCCCUUCGUACCGGACGGGGUUCACGGUCCCCUCUGAUGCGACCGACGGCGCCUCGUCUCUGGGCGACGAUUUGCGGUCUCUGGCCUUGGAUGGGCGGAGCACACUCGGACCGGAUAGCUUGGAUCCCCAGGUUGACAGUGCGUCGACGAUUUAUGAUCGGAGGAGAGUGGUUGCCGACGAUGUUUCCAUACACUCCGAGGCCUUCACGGAUGGGACUGCGGAGUAUAAAGAGGCUCAGUUUGAGGUACCGAUCCAUAGGGGGAAGGCCUCCUCUGACGAGGCGACGAAGAAGAAGGCAGACGAUGUGGAUCGGAUGUAUAAUUCGGAUGGCGACGACGAUUAUGAUGAUCAUGAUGAUGAUGAUGGUUUUGUUGCUAUCUGA